GCUUCAAUUUCGGUGGGGACUGCACUUUCACGAAAUUCCACCAAGAAACCGAGAAAACCGACGCCGCUGUGCUUCUCUCCGUGGACCUUGCAGAGAGUACUCCCCCGGUGCUUUUACUGCUCCGUAUCGCCACCUAGCGACCAUUUGUUACCAACAGCCACCUCCGAACACCCACGAACUCUCCGCCAAAAUGGCCAAAACCGCAAAGAUAAAGAAGCGCCAAUCAACGCUCCACUCCCGCGCCGCCCGCCGCGCCCACUCCCCCUCCCCCGACUCCUCCCUCUCGAAGCCCCUCAAACCCAGCACAACCACACGCUCCGCCUCCGCCUCCCCACCGCCCAACGCCGCAGAUCCCAAGCCUCACGUCCUCGCCGCCCAAAACGCCGGCAUAACCAAAAAGUCUAAAUCCAAACCGCUAAAGCGCGCCCAGCGACUGAGGAGGAUGAAAGGCAUGGAGCGUGCAGCCGACAACAUGGACAAACUGGAGCUGAAGGUAGCGAGGAGCGUUGGCAAGGAGAAGAAGGUCAACGAGAGGAGGAAGGGAAAAGAGAGGGAGUGGGUUAGUGAUGAGGAGAUGGAUGGUGUUGACGAGGAGGUGCUCGCACCGGACGUGGCUGGGGAGGUUAAGCAGCUCGAGGUUGUGGUGCCGGCGAGUGUGCCGUUGCCUGUUGCGACGGAGGAGGAUGAGUUUCUAUGAACGCCUGGCAGCGGGCGGAACGUCAAUAGAGAAAAGAUCAGUUACGACUUACGACACACAAGGAUAGACAAAACGCGUCAGCGCUGGGCUUAUACCCUUCGAUGGCUGGGCGCAGGUCAAGACAAUCGUUCGGCCCGAUAUUACACUACCAGUCGCUAGCUUAAGUUCCACAGAGGGAAUGUGGUUUGAGGUAUGCGCUCUAUAAAUGAUACCCAUAAUGAAGAAUGCGACCAAAGAUGCUGCUAUA